AUGUCACCUAAAGGCCGAGCUAAGUUAGCUAGCUCUCCUUGUUGGCUUGAACUUAUAAUUUCACCUUUUCCUUAUCGAGUUUCCCUCACUCAGAUCUCGUGCGUAGAGGAUUCGGAGCAUUACCGUUGCGGUGAUUUUCAACCUGAAGGCAGUUACCACUACCUCGUUGUUGAAGAUUCAGCUAAAGGAGCUGCCGUAUACUCCCUAGAACGAAAGCUUAACGAAAAGAAACCUGGUGCGACCGAGAUGGCCUUAUUGGAUGCAUUAUCUCGCCAUUCUCCCUACCCGCUUACUAUAUACGCUUCUAAGGAAGCCGAUAAAGAAGUAGGCUUUGUGAGGGAGUUGUCACCAAAGGAGCUGCGGACAAUAAACAAACCUCCAAAAGUCGAAAUGGAGUUUUUUAGUCAUACUGAACUUGAUUUGGUCGAGCCGGAUCUGCUUGAAUUUAGAAGUGGAGGAGAACUAGACAAAGUGGAGCACAAACUUGUAGCAUAUAAGAGCCAAGAAGAAUUCACCAAAGCACUUGCAGCUAAUAAGCAUAUAUUUAUCCUUUUUUGGAGCCAUGGUGAGCAGCUACGUAAACAUUUUCGCAAUUAA